AGAUUGGGUUUAGCAGCCAGUAGUGGGCGUUCGCAUGGCACCCCCUGUGAACGACCCGCCUGUCAGCGUCCGAGAGAAGGGCGGGCGCAUCGUGGUGGUCUUCAAUGUGGCCAACGUGCGGCCCAACUCGGUCCAGGCCGAUGUCAGAGCUUCCAGUGAGGAGGAACCUGCAGGCUCUGUGCACGUGACCUUCAACUCGGUCUCUCCAAACCGGUCGUUUGAGAAGCACCUAGUGCUACCUCACAGCAUUGAGGGCAAAGUUGUGCACGACGUACAGAGCAAGUCUUUGACACUGCAGCUGGUCAAAGCGGAUGCAGCAGUGGAGUGGGGCCAAUCCUGGCUCAAAGCAAAGGGAAAGGCCAAGAGGAAAUCGGAGGUGGAGAAAAGUCCAGGCGCAGGUCAAGAUGUGCAGCCUCCGGCAAAGGAGCCUGUGCAGGACCCGAAAGCCUCGAGCCGGGAUGAGCCGGAGAGCCAUGCUUCGGCCAAAGAGGAGCCCGAGCCAAUGGAGCAGUCGGCUGAGAAGGCCGAGGCCAAAAAGGCCAAGGAGACCAAGGAGGCGAAGGAGGCCGAGAGGGCUGCGGCCCAGGAGGCCGAGGCCAAGGAGGCUGAGAGGGCUGCGGCCCUGGAGGCUGAGGCCAAGGAGGCUGAGCAGGUCGAGGAGGCUGAGGAGGCUGAGGAGGCUGAGGAGGCCGAGGCGAAGGCCGUUCAGCCAGAAAAGAAUGAGCUCAUGCCUGAGAGCUCCGAUGUGCCCAACUCCAAGGCGGGAGUAAAAGCGAGGGCCAGACGUGGAAAGAAAUCCAAAGCGAAGGAGAAACCAGAGGAGAUCAAUGCGGAAGAGGGGAAGGCAGAGACCAUCAAGCAGCCAGAGAAGGAGGAAGGCAGGAAAGCAGGUACCAAGCAGCCUGCCAAAGCGUCAGAGACAAGCUCAAAAGCAAGGAAAGCAAAAGAUGCCGACACAAGCGACCUCCAGCAGGUCUUUGGUGAAGCUUUGGAGUGGAUGAAGCCGCAAAAAUCCGGGCUGCUAAAAGACUAUCCCCUGGUGCCGCCAUCGGAUCCGGAGAUUCAGCGUCUAUUGCGCGAUGCGCACGCGCAAUGCAGCAAAGACUUGAAGAAGGCCACGGUUUUCUUCCGGCUGGCUGGGCGCAAAGGCUAUUUGCCAGCCUACUUGCUACUAGCAGAACAAGCUCAGAUCAGGCAAGACGACCCGUUGCUGAUAGACAGCAUGUGCGCAUUACUCACGGCCCCGGACGUGCAAAAGCAAUUGCCCAAAGGGCUGCUGAGCAACUCUGCGAUGCAGCUUGCAGCCUUGCUGCGAGAUCCCAAGAAUAAGCGGGAGGCAGAAGCCCACUCCGUCGACAUCGAGCGCAUCGCGAAGGAUUGGCCGAUCCUCAAUGUGCUGAAGCUGUCGGAUAGUGGGCAGCCAAAGACGCGGCAUUCGAAGGAGGAGACCAAGACAAAGCCUGAGCAGUCCGACUUCCAGCGGAUCAAAGCGGCGAUGGCUGUCAAGGAGACGCCUACACCUGCUCAAAAUGCGAAAAGAGGAGCUUGGAAGGAUGACGGUGCCAGCUGGAGAUUCGUCGCACAGGUGCCAGAGUUGACAACUCUGUCGAAGUCAAAGCUGGACAUCAGCAAGUCUGACAUGCGGCUUACAGGGCCAGACGGGUGUGUGCUGAGGGUUGAGACUCCAAGUUCCUUGGACAUCGACCAAGUGGAGGCCACAUGGUUCAGAAAGUCCCAGCAGUUGGAGGUGUCGGGGCCAAAGUCAUCACUGGUUGAACAGUUAGACUAGAUGCCUGAUCACGGGCGUAAUGAAUACAGAGAGAGUAGACGAGUUUAUUUGUGCACUCGAAUCAAUGGUUAGAACAAGUGCCUUUGCGCUGUCGAUUGUGCCAAAGCGCUGCAAUCAAGCCGGCGUUGCCUCCCAGCACAUCAUCCGCCAUGUACAAAGUGAAGACGGCUGGAUGCAACAUAUACAGCGAUGACACUUAUGCAGUAGUCAGAGAAGCUGCUUUCUGCUGCAAUGGCUGGCGAUGUUGGUCAGCCCAAGUCACCUGAGAGCUCCCCAGAAGAGGCG